CGUGAAAAAGGGAUAAAAAUCCUAAGGUCAAUAUUAAUCUGUGAAAUCCUGUCGCUGGCAUUUUAAAUCCGGAUUUAAUCGUUUUAUUUUAAUUAAUUCAAGUGGAUUUUGACGUUUGUUUAAGUCACGCUUAUUGACGUUAACAAGUUAACCUAACUAUGUCAAACAUGUCAAAUGAUCUAAAUUUGAUGUAAAAAAAUUGUGAAGUUUUGUAAAAAUGAUUUAAAGAUAUCGAUUUAAAUUUAAUGUUGAUUAUAUAAUCGUGGUAAAUAAAUAUUUUUAGUGUUUAAAGUAUAAAUUUACCUAAUGACCCAUUUUCUAUUUCGGUUGGUAAUCAGUAGCUAUCAACGUGAAAAACAAAAAGUCACAAAAUGUCAGUUUUUUAAUAAACGAAAAGCCGUCGAAAUUGUACUACUUUUACCGUAUCGCUAAAGAUUUACAAAAAGAAAACAAAACUUUCCUUUCGUCUCUUCAUUGUACUCAGCCGUCAGUUUUAAUUGUAAAAGAAACGUACGUAGCUUGAAAUGUCCGCAAAUACAUCUCCUUUACAUUACAACGACUUAGAAGAAGCAUACAUAACAGAUGCUAACUUUAAAGUAGACAUAAGUCAGAAAAUGAAAGUGCCCCAUAAAAUCAGUUUUAAUUCGGAAACUCCUUUGAACGGAGGCAAUCAUGCAGCUUGGCAAGAAAAUAUUAAUAUGCAAGUACCUGAAAGGAUAUUAGUUGUUGGAAGUGAUCAACAUUUAGGUACAAAAGCACCUCCACGUGAAAUAGUCUUUGAUAAUUCCCUUUUACAACAAAACGAUCCUUACCCAAGCGAUCCAAGAGUUGGAACACCCCCAAGAACAUUAACUUUGGAUAAAUACCCAUUCCCAGGAGUUGAAGAAUUUGAGGAACCCAUGAAAGAUCAACUCCCCGUUGUUAAACCCAAACCAAAGAUGUAUCAAGACAAUUUAUUGAACGAUUCUAGAAUAAUCGGUCGAGAAAUAACCCCUCCAAUUGGCGCAGGGGGAGAUGGAUUAACAACAGCCGAAGAAGUAAUUCAUUUGAGAAAACAAAUGGCUAAAUUAAACAGGAGGGUGAUGGCCUUGGAGUUGGAAAAUUUAGGUCGUUUGCAAAAAGAGAAGAUUUUAUAUGGGUUAGGCAUUGCUUAUUUCUUAUUAAAAACCAUAAUUUGGUUGAAUCGUAGUAAUUAAAGCGAACAUUUUGAGGAUUUAUUUAUUUUAAAAAUCUUCAACAAAAAAAAAAUGUUUAAGAAAUAGUGAAUUUUAAAAGUUAAGAUAGACAAGUUCAAGAUAAACCUUGAAUCGGGAUGGAGAAAUGAUUUUUAAAAUGAAUAAAAUUUUAAUUUAGACCGAUUAUUAUUGUACUAUGUGUAAUAUAUGAUCAUUCUGUACUGUUUUAAGAUAAUUAAUGAUCAAUUUAAUUUCUUUAUUUUCUUUAAUUUACUUGUUAAUAGGGUUUGUCAAAUUACGAAUACUUGAAUUAAAAAGAAAAAUGUAUGUUGA